UCAGGCGCGGCUCCGCGGCUGCGCGUGGGAUGGGGCUGCUCAGCAUCUUGAAGAAAAUGAAGCAGAAAGAGCGGGAGGUGCGGCUCCUGAUGCUCGGGCUCGACAACGCCGGCAAGACCACCAUCCUGAAGAAGUUCAACGGGGAAGACAUCGACACCAUCUCGCCCACGCUGGGUUUCAACAUCAAGACUCUGGAGCACAGAAAUUUCAAACUGAAUAUCUGGGAUGUAGGAGGCCAGAAGUCACUGCGGUCCUACUGGAGGAACUACUUUGAGAGCACAGACGGGCUGAUCUGGGUGGUGGACAGUGCUGAUCGACUCCGACUGGAGGACUGCAAGCGAGAGCUCUCCGUGCUGCUCCAGGAAGAGCGCCUGGCAGGAGCGACACUCCUGGUGUUUGCCAACAAACAGGAUCUACCCGGAGCUCUGACCUCGGAUGCAAUUAAAGACGCCUUAGAUCUAGAAAGUAUUAAGACCCACCACUGGUGCAUCCGAGACUGCAGCGCGGUGACUGGUGAAAACCUGCUGGUUGGAAUCGACUGGCUGAUGGACGAUAUCUCCUGCCGAAUAUUCACCGCGGACUGAGCCCUCCCUCACUGCCGUUUGUACUGCCCGUCACCACAGCACCGCCCCCACCGGUCCCCUUGUAAUGGUCAUACAGACUGUCUAACACACAGUGUACCUGAGAGACAUGAGUACACUGGCAUGGUGUAGAGGGAGUUUGAACACUACAAAUAAUGAUCUGAAUGCUGGGAGCAGAAAAAAUGUUCCACCACUCCUCCCCACCCUCGCUAACAUCUUUUGACUUCACAAGCGCAAAACAUUCCCAUCUGUAAAUGUAAAUACCUUCCCAGUAACACAUGGGGCAUAGUGCUGGAAAGGUAGAUUGCUACCUUGAUAGUCUCUGACCAUUAUCAUGACAAGUACAGUCACUUUCAUUUCUGAGCAGUGUUCAGGUCCUAGAAACAAUGCAGUAGGAUCAUCUCCCUCUUUCUUCUCUCUCCCUUGCUUUUUUCUCUCUCUUCCCCUCUCUCUUCUCCCCCUCUCUCUUCUCCCUCCCCUUCUGUCUCUCUGCCUCUCACUCUCCCCUUCUCUCGCUCUCCCCCUCUUU